ACGGGCUCACCGGCAGCGGCAGCGGGAUCAGGGGACUCAGGGGAAUGUACCGGAGCCUACGCGGGAAUCACGGCCUCGGACUCGGCGCUGAGAUGAUCGUUGUUCCGCCUGCGCUGUGAGACUCGGCGGCAGCGCGACGCUUUGAUGUCGUUUCAUUAAACCCGACUUGUUUUCCAUAUUGUUCCGGCGCGUCUGUGAUGAAGUGACAGCGCGCUCCUGUGUGUGUGUGUGUGUGUGUGUGUGUGUGUCCGCGGGAUUUCUGCUUAACUCUAUCCUCUGUCCACUCGGAUAAUUCGGGAUCAGAUUGAGGCUGGCCGGUGUGUGGAGAGACAGACAGCAUGGCUGAGCCCCGGCGUGACAGCACCAGCAGCCUACAGAGGAAGAAGCCACCAUGGCUUAAACUGACCAUUCCUACUGCUCAGAUGUCUCUGGAUGAACCGCCCACCUUUGUCCAGCCGGUGAAGAGGCAGGGGUUCCUCCGCAGCGUCAGCAUGCCUGUCGAAACGACCCACUUUGCGUCCCCGCCGCACGACCUUUUUGAUCACCAGCGACCUCCGCUGCAGCACCAGACGUCCAUCACACAGACGAUUAAGAGGGGCACAGCAGACUGGUUCGGGGUUAGCAAGGAUGGCGACGCGACACAGAAAUGGCAAAGAAAGAGUCUGCGCCACUGCAGUCUGCGCUACGGUAAGCUGAAGCCUCAGGUGCUCCGGGAGAUGGAACUUCCCAGCCAGGACAACAUCUCCAUGACCAGUACGGAGACACCGCCGCCUCUCUAUGUACCUACGUCCCAGCACGGAAUACCAAAGAUCGUGGACCCGUUGGCGCGUGGACGGGCCUUCCGCAUGGUGGAGGAAGUGGACGGUUACAGCGUGCCCCAUACGCCCAUCACACCCGGUGCCACGUCUCUCUGCUCCUUCACCAGCUCACGAUCCGGUCUCAACCGGAUCCCUCGCAGACGCAAGCGUGAAUCUGUGGCCAAGAUGAGCUUCAGGGCAGCAGCUGCCCUCGUCAAGGGACGCUCGUUUAAAGAAAGCACGCUGCGGCGGGUUCAUAGGCGCAGCUUCACCCCGGCCAGCUUCAUCGAGGAGGACGUGGUGGAUUUUCCAGAUGAGUUGGACACGUCCUUCUUCGCAAGAGACGUCCUGAUGCAGGAGGAGAUGUCGACGUUUCAUGACGAGGUGUUCGAGUCUCCUUCUGACUCCACCACCAAGGACGUGGACAGCAAACAGUUGGACGAAUCCGAGCUGACGGGCAGCGCACUAGACAAGAACGAACUCGAGAGGAGUCACCUGAUGCUACCUCUAGAGAGAGGCUGGAGAAAAGCCAAGGAGGGAACUCCGGCGCCACCAAAAGUCCGGCUAAAACAGGAAGUGGUCAGCGUGAGCGGGCAGAGGCGAGGGCAGCGGAUUGCUGUGCCCGUCAAGAAGCUGUUUGCAAGAGAGAAACGGCCGUACGGGCUCGGCAUGGUGGGCAAGCUGACCAACCGGACGUACCGCAAACGCAUAGACAGCUACGUGAAAAGGCAGAUUGAGGAUAUGGACGACCACAGGCCUUUCUUCACCUACUGGAUCACGUUUGUCCACCUCCUCAUCACUAUUCUGGCUGUGUGUAUUUAUGGCAUAGCACCCGUGGGCUUCUCUCAGCACGAGACGGUUGAUUCUGUUUUAAGAAACAAAGGUGUAUAUGAGAAUGUCAAGUAUGUGCAGCAAGAGAACUUUUGGAUUGGACCAAGCUCGGAGGCUCUGAUCCAUCUGGGAGCCAAAUUCUCACCCUGUAUGCGACAGGAUGAGGAGGUGCACGCUCAAAUCCUGAAGAAACGUGAGAUCGAGCGCAACUCUGGCUGCUGUGUGCGCAACGACCGUUCGGGCUGCCUGCAGACGUCUGAGGAGGAGUGUUCGAGCACACUGGCCGAGUGGGUGAAGUGGCCCAAACACGACAGCACUCCACUACUAGAUGGCAAACCGCGCAGCUACGGCUCCGUUUGCCAUCAGGACCCCAGGAUUUGUCUGGAGCCAGCGUCUGUAGCGCCGCACGAGUGGCCUGAUGACAUCACCAAGUGGCCGAUCUGCACCAAGUACAACACUGGCAACCACACUAACCUUCCCCACAUUGACUGCACCAUCACCGGCCGGCCGUGCUGCAUCGGAACUAAAGGGAGGUGUGAGAUCACGUCACGGGAAUACUGCGACUUCAUGAACGGAUUUUUCCACGAGGAAGCGACGCUGUGUUCACAAGUUCACUGUAUGGAUGACGUCUGCGGCCUGCUGCCGUUCCUCAACCCUGAGAAACCGGACCAGUUCUACCGCUUAUGGCUCUCUCUCUUUCUACACGCUGGGAUUUUGCACUGCCUCGUUUCGGUGAUAUUUCAGAUGACCAUCUUGAGAGAUAUUGAGAAGCUGGCCGGUUGGCUGCGUAUCUCCAUCAUCUACAUCCUGAGCGGCAUCACGGGGAACCUAGCGAGUGCCAUCUUCCUGCCCUACAGAGCCGAGGUCGGUCCUGCAGGGUCGCAGUUCGGCAUCCUGGCGUGCCUUUUCGUGGAGCUCUUCCAGAGCUGGCAGAUCCUGGCACAGCCGUGGCGGGCGUUUGCCAAGCUCCUGUGCGUGGUGCUGUUCCUCUUCGCCUUCGGCCUGCUGCCCUGGAUCGACAACUUUGCCCACAUCUGCGGCUUCGUGUCGGGGUUCUUCCUGUCGUUCGCAUUCCUGCCCUACAUCAGCUUCGGCCGCCUGGACAUGUACCGGAAGCGCUGCCAGAUCCUGGUGUCGCUCACUCUCUUUGUGGGCAUCUUCUCGGGUUUCGUGGUGCUGUUUUAUGUCGAGCAGAUCAAGUGUGAGUGGUGCGAGCUGCUCACCUGCAUUCCCCUGACAGACAAGUUUUGUGAGAAGUACGACCUGAAUGCACAUCUCCACUGACAGAGACGCGAGGAAGAUGAGGCAGGACUUUGAGACACAGAGAGACAGGUCCAUUUGGUUCUGGUUCUGUUCCAGCUUUGGAUGUGAAAGCGCCUGUAGAACUGCCCCACGGCUCCUCCUGACGCAUGGACGAUGACAACAUGGACGAUGCUUGUGUUGUAUCUUUUUUUCCUCUCUUACUGUACGUUGCAACGCCAGUUUUGACCACUUGGAUGAAUCUUAAGAGAUCGCCGUCACCGCCGCCACUAACACCUCCCCCCACCCCCACCCCCUUUCUCCUGGUAGUUUUUUAUUUUUAGUUUUCUUGUCUGUUAUUGUUCAUCUGUGAAACACGGAGGCAGCCACGAGCGUCUCUUACACAUACUCCGAGACGCCCAGAGACAGAGACAGAGAGAGAGAGAUUAUAAGCACUGGUACCACAAACAGAAGAAUAGGUAUUACUAGAUGUAUUAUUUUUUACUUUUCAUAUUUUAUCGUGCCACGAAAUCAGGCGAAGGUUUUAGUGUUCAGAUAUAACCUCAGAUGUUUUUCCAGGGACAUAAAAGAAAAACAAUCGGAACCACCAGUGCCUUGGUAAAUCCUACCGUAUUUUGGUUACGUGUCGAGCACUCAAAUGUUAUUCUUUUAUUUGUGUACUGCUUCAAAUGGAGUAAUGAUGAAAUGUUUUAUUAAGGGUAGCGUUUUAGCUACCCUCAUGAUUACUUGUUACAAAAUACAGCUUGAAACACUCUUCACCUCA